AUGCCCUCCGCUUACCCUCGCCUGCUCCAGCCCAUCACGCUCCGCGGCGGCGCCGUGCUACGCAACCGUGCCUUGAUGGGCUCCAUGCACACCGGUCUCGAGGAGGCGACAGCGCCGCCGUCAGAAGGCGGCGUUCGGUGCUCACGCCCUCUCACCCCCGGCCGCACCUCGCAGGGCGAAGGGUGGGGCCACUCGCUCGAGAAGAUGGGCGCGUUCUUCGCCGAGCGGGCGCGCGGCGGCGUGGGCCUGAUGGUGACGGGCGGGAUCGCGCCCAACGCCGCCGGGCGGGUUGCGCCGUUUGCCGCGACGAUGGCCUCCUCCUCCGACGCACGCCGUCACCGCACUGUCACCGAGAUGGUGGGCGGCGCAAAGAUAGCGAUGCAGCUGCUGCACGCGGGGAGGUACGCUUACCAGCCGUCGGCCGUCGCGCCGUCCGCGAAGAAGGCGCCGAUCGGCUGGUUCACGCCGCACGCGCUGAGCAGCGCGCAGGUCGAGGCCACGAUCGGCGAUUUUGCUGCGGCCGCGGCGCUGGCGCACGAGGCUGGCUACGACGGCGUGGAGGUGAUGGGUUCGGAGGGCUACCUGAUCAACCAGUUCCUGAACCACAGGAGCGACGCGUGGGGCGGCUCAUUCUCCAACCGGAUGCGGCUCCCGGUGGAGAUCGUGCGCGCGGCCGACUUCAUCCUCAUCUUUCGCCUCUCGAUGCUUGACUUGGUGCGGGAUGGCUCGAGCUGGGAGGAGGUUGUCGAGCUCGCGCAGGCGGUCGGGGGGGGGUACAAGGGGGCGGUUGAGGAGGCUGGCGCCACGAUCAUCAACACUGGGAUCGGGUGGCACGAGGCGCGCGUGUGGAGCGGUCGCGACGCGCGCGUGCCGACGAUCGCGACGUCUGUGCCUCGCGGCGGAUUCGCUUGGGUGACGCAGAAGCUGAAGGGGCACGGGCUCUCCAUCCCGCUAGUGGCGACCAACCGCAUCAACACGCCCGAGGUUGCGGAGGCGGUGCUCGCGUCGGGGCAGGCGGGCACGGUCAAACCACUCGCCUAG